GUAGAUAAAUCCACCAUAGUGGACGGAGCAGUGAGCUACAUAAAAGCGCUUGAACAAACGCUACAAAAUCUCCAGAAGCAGAAGCUUCGUCAGCUAAUGGUGGAUCUCUCGCCGACAGCAACGGCUACGUUGGAAAGCAAAGUGGCUUUCAUGGCUGAUGAUCAGGGCAAGAACAGCAGCAGCGGGAAUGCGACGGCGACCGCUGCUGUGGUUCCUCGCCUUCCAGUCUGCUUCCAGACCUGGAUUUCUCCUAAUGUGGUGCUCAAUGCGGCCGGUGAAGAAGCUUUUAUUAGUAUCUGUUGUGUGAAGAAGGCAGGGUUCCUCUCUGCAAUGCUCUUCCUGCUUGAUAAGUAUAAAGUGGAGGUGGUUUCAGCUCAUUUUUCCUCUGAUAAUUAUUCCAGAAGCAUGUGCAUGAUACAUGCCCGUGUUAUAGGAGUAUCGGAUCAUUUUCCUGAGGCAUUGAUGAUUGAAGAGACAUACAAAUCAGUUGUUGGAGAGAUGAUUGCUUGGCUUUAUUCAUGA